AGCUCCGAUGUUGUUCGGACAAGCAGUCAGCGAGAUGCCAUCCCCCAGGGAAAUCGUAGACUAACUGAAGAACCUCUAUUUAGAGGCAUUUCCCGCAAGGAUAAUCCCGGAUAUGCCCAUGCCGCGAAUCCUCUUCGGACAUGCCAGUAAUAAAGUAAAACUUUACGUGUCGAUCGUAGACGUGAGACUGACAGAGGGGAAAAUCACGAAGUUGGAAGCAAUGGGCAUGAGAUUAUCGCCCCUGGCGAUCUUUGCCGAAGCGAGGAAACAAGAGCUAAGCAGCAUUACGAUAUCGCCGCUGAUGGUUACGACAAAAGAACAAGAAGGAAAUGAGGUGUUGGCGAAGGGUUCGGGAGGCAGAAGAAAGGAUGAAGGAACAUCCAAUAUCGGAACUCACCUGGGUAAGGAGAGAGGGAAACACCUGGCCAUAUGGGAUGCAUUGCAGCAUGAGAAGUCAGAGCAGUGGGCGGAGAGGCUAAAAGUAAAGGGUUUGGAAGUGUACGACAAAAUGUCCAAAGAGUCCUUCCAAAAGCUAGUUCCGGCGAGAACGACGCAAGUGAUAAAGGAGCUUAAGCAUCCUUUCGACAAAGAUGCCCCGACGGCCACCCAACCAAAUGAGCUUUGCAACUAUGCGGUGAUGUACUACAGGGACAUCCUCACCUCGCGGAGGAUAGGGGAAGGAGCCAACUUGGACCUAAUGUUAGGUGCAGUCCACUGGGUAAACACAACAGUGCGCCUCCUGACGGAGGCAAGAUUGGAUUUGGACCGGCCCAUAACCAAAGAGGAAGCAGAGGAGGCGUUCAAGGUGAUGGCAAACAGCAAGAUAACCGACAACGACGGACUGCCAGUAAAGUUCUACACACAGCAUUGGGAAGUACUUGCGGAAAGCCUGAUUGCAGUUUACAAUGAGAUACAGAUUGGAGGCAAAUUCCCAGUUAGCGCCUGCAGAGGGAUCAUCUCGUUACUGGUCAAGAAGGGGGAUACUAAUGAAAUCAGGAACUGGAGACCGAUCUCACUACUGAACAUCUCUUAUAAGAUUUUUGCGAAAGUACUUGUGAGAAGGUUGGGGAGAUAUUUGCCUCGACUGGUUGCUGAUGAUCAAGCCGCCUUCGUCCAAGGAAGGUCGAUCUAUGACAACAUUGUAACAUUGGUGGAGGCACUUGAAGUAGUCAACCAGGCGAAGUUGGAGGUCACAAUACUAAUGCUUGAUAUGGAAAAAUCAUACAACCGGGUUAAUUGGUCGUAUGUUUUAUUCACUAUGAAAUUGAUGAAUUUCGGUGACCCCUUCUGCAUGUGGGUUGUCGCCCUGUACUCUCCGUCUACCGCAUCAGUAAUGGUCAAUGCAAAGUUACAACGCACGACACCAAAGACGAAGACGAAUAAGACUUCGCCAAGAUUUACACCGAGAAUGGGUACUCCACGGACGAAGAUUGCUGCCACGGCGGGAACGGCGGGAAGAUCGCAGUUCAUUUGUGAGAACAUGCGCACACUAGCGAAUCUGGGUGUCGAAGAUCUCAAGAAGAUUUGUCGGAAGGAGGACGUGGAUUACGAGAAGAAGACAAUUGCCGCCAUGAACAUUGCAAAGAAGAGAGCAAUGGUGGCUUAUGGAAGUGAAAAGGAGGAGGUUGGCAGUAGUGAUAACGAGACGGAAGGGAUUGAGCAGGGAAGUGCCGAUGAACAAGUCGAAGAAGAACCCGAAGCAUGAAGUUUCGAUGAUACGAAUGGUUUGUGGACUCUAUGCAAUUGUCUGGUGGAAUAUCGUCGGGGAAGGACUUUUGAUACGCGAGUGGAAAAACUUUACCGA